AUGGUCAGGCAUUUGUUCGCAGCUCUAAGUUCUAUCUGUUUAGUAGUUUUUAUAACGGAAGCCACCGUCUCCGACAAAUGGAGUAAAGUGAAUGAAUUUGGUAAAAUUUUUAUUGAAGAAGAACAAAAGUAUAAUUGGUUUGAGGCCAAGGAUGAAUGUGCAAUAAGGGAUAUGACACUCAUAGUCAUUGAUACACCGGAAAAGAAUGCAAGUAUUGAGAAGGUAUUACGUAGGAGAUUUGGAAAAUGUCCUAAUUUAUGGUUGGGUGGCAACGAUCUUGGAUUGGAGGAUAAAUUUACGUGGUCUUCAACUGGCAAACCUUUUGAAUUCUCCAAUUGGUCGAAUGGUCAACCGGAUAAUUCCAAAAACAAUGAACAUUGUGUGCAUUAUGAUCGGAGAACGGAUUUUGAAUGGAACGAUACACAGUGUGCAACAAAAAUGGGUUUCAUUUGCGAAGAAAAUCAUUUUUUGCGCUCUGCUCGACACGACAUGGAAGAGAAGAAAAUUGCCAUAGAUCACUUAUUUGCAUUGUAG